AUGGUUUGCCAAGAACGUGGUUCAAAGCGUAUCGAUGAAAUCUUUAAAUUCAUGCCUGGGUCAUUAUAUUCAUCCUGUGGUUCAACCAGUCCGACACAAAAUCCUCGUCUACAGAGUCCUUCCCAUACAGGUGCCCAUUCUCUUGAUAAUCAAAUGGUUGGAGUAAACCAUAAUUACAUCCCGUCGCUGAAUGAAGCUGUGACUACGAGCUGCGCAAGCAACGAUCAAAUGAUUAUUACGUCAGUAACAGGAAUUCAGUAUGCAAAUAAUGCAGCUACUUUCCAGUUGUCACCUGUCCGUGCCAGCAGUACAGCAAGUUUAAGUGAUAGCUCCGGUGACAAUCCUGUAUCGAUGGUUGGGUUAAGUAUGGUUGUGAAUGUAAACGCGAAUCCAACCUCUUGUACAAUACCCUGCAAUGCUAAUCCAUUGCCUACUUAUUCUAACCUUCAGCUACCUGCUAAUUUUAAUUCAUCAUAUCCUCAAGUUGGACAACCUAGUGUUGGUUAUCUAAGCUCUGGAUCCUGUCCUAAUAAUCCCAUGACAUCAAAUGUUCCAGCCGUUUCUGGGUCACCCACAGAAGAAAGAAUAUUUGGGUUUCCCGUAGCGUUUGAGUGCAUUUGGAGGUUAGUUACCGGAAUUUUGACCUUUAUUCUUCAUUUAUCCGCGUUACUUACUGAAUAA